GAUUUGAAGAGGGGAGCGUGGUCAGAAGCAGAUUCUUGAUUUAAAUUUUUUUACUAAAAUGAGUUAGUUGUAGUUCCUGGAAACCAGUAUGAGUGAAGAAUGAGUUUAGCUCUUGAAAUUAUAAAUUAAUGGAAAACGUUAGUAUAGUUGGCUAGUUAGGUGGUGAAAUUUCAAGGUUGAACAAUCUCAGCAGACAGACAGCGUUAACAAACUCACCAUUGUAUAUUGGUAUCAUAGUCAAAUUGCAAACCCUCGCACUGUCUCAAACAUAACCCUCACCAACCCCUCCACUCACAUACCACAAAUUCAUUACACUAAACUCAAACAAAAUCACAAUUCACAAUCCCCAAUGUCCCUUCUCUUCUAUCUCUUUCUCUUUCUCUUCACUUUCUCUCAAACCCCUUCUCUGGCCGCAAACGACACCGUUCCAUGUCCCCUCAACAUCACCGUCCUCAGCGUCGUUGGCGGCGGUGCCAGACCCUCCUUCGACGCCAGAACACAGUGCCCUUACAUUCUCCAAGCUCUCCACCUCCUCCAAGCGGAUUUACUCCGCCGCACCGGCCUCUUCGUGCCGCCACUGAACUCCUCCGAAUUGUGCUGGAACAUGUUCCAAUCCUUCAUCAACCAAUAUGACUCCACCUUCGAUGUUCGCUCCUCUUGUGGUCUUCAAACAUCUUGGAUCUCCCAGGGAUGCAUGAACAUCACCACCAAACAACAGUUCGAAGCCCCCGUUCCUAACUCCACACUCCAAGCCGUUCAAGGAAACUGUAACCUAUCACUUGAGAAUAACGCUCCAUGUGCCCUCUGCACUACUAAAUUGUCCAGUUUGUUGUCCUACUUCAACGGAACAAUGGUUGGCAACGUUUCCGAUUGUAGGGCUUAUACUGCUAUUUAUGCUGCUUCUCUUUCCGUUCAGUAUGGACCCACCAACCCUGGAACUGCUAAAUGCUUGUUUGGCCUUGAUUUUUCCUCUUCCGGUUCUUCUGGUAAGCAUCGAACCAUUGUUAUUGUGGUUGUUGUGGUUUUGUGUGUGUUGGGUUUGCUUCUGUCAGGUGGGUUUUGGGUUUACUUGAGAUUGAAGAGGGGGAAGAAGGGUGGGAGAGAGAAGGGUGUUGGUGGAACUGAGAUGAGUUUGGCUUCUGGGUUGGAUUCGAUGAACCAGAGUACUACUUUGAUUAGGUUUACUUUUGAUGACAUUAAGAAGGCUACUAGGAAUUUCUCAAGGGAUAACAUUAUUGGGAGUGGGGGUUACGGGAAUGUUUAUAAAGGGUUGCUGUCGGAUGGGACUCAGGUUGCGUUGAAAAGGUUUAAGAAUUGUUCGAUUGGUGGGGAUACUAGUUUUGCUCAUGAGGUUGAGGUUAUUGCGAGUGUUAGGCAUGUGAACCUUGUUGCCUUGAGAGGUUAUUGUACUGCUACUACUAAUUUAGAGGGUCAUCAGAGGAUUAUUGUCACUGAUUUGAUGGAAAACGGGAGUCUUUAUGAUCAUUUGUUUGGUUCUGCCAAGAAGAAACUAAGUUGGCCCAUACGUCAAAAGGUUGCUCUAGGCACUGCUAGGGGCUUGGCUUAUUUGCAUUAUGGGGCUCAACCUUCUAUCAUUCAUAGGGAUAUUAAAGCUAGUAACAUACUUCUUGACGAGAAGUUUGAGGCCAAGGUAGCGGAUUUUGGGUUGGCAAAGUUUAAUCCUGAGGGAAUGACGCAUAUGAGCACAAGAGUAGCUGGAACUAUGGGGUAUGUUGCUCCCGAGUAUGCCUUGUAUGGACAGUUGACUGAGAGAAGUGAUGUGUUCAGCUUUGGUGUUGUGCUUCUUGAGCUUUUGAGUGGGAAAAAGGCUCUUCAAACAGACGAUGAUGGCCAACCCUCCGCACUCACGGACAUGGCUUGGUCAUUAGUUAGAAAUAGUAGAGCUUUGGAUGUGAUUGAAGAUGGCAUGCCAGAACCUGGUCCACCACAAGUUCUGGAGAAGUAUGUGUUGGUUGCAGUACUAUGUUCUCAUCCGCAGUUAUAUGCUAGGCCAACGAUGGAUCAGGUCGUUAAAAUGCUGGAGACAGAUGAUGAAUCAGUACCCUCAAUAGUGGAAAGGCCAAUUCCUUUUAUUGCCGGGAGGAUUGAUAUUGAGAAAUCUGCCCUUAGUAACUCAGGUCAGCUCUGCAGUCCAACCGGUUAUCAAGCAUAUACAUUACAAAAUCGCCGCCCUUCUGAUUCAAAGGAAGAAGAAGGAAGUUCGGCGACUGUGACCACAGAUUGAAACUGAGAAAGUUGGAUUGUUUUCUACCAGCCGUUGUAGGCUUGAUUUGUUUGUACAUUCAGAUUGUAUGUUUUUUAAAUGUUUUCUGUUGUAAAGCUAAAAGGGAUGUACAAAAUUUGAUUCUUUUUAAAGUUUAUCAUGCAAGAUUUUUUGGCACU